GUCAAACUUAACCACCAUGCCGGCCCUUCCCAGCCCAGAUGCUGCCCCUUUCGAGCAGGACAUCAAGAAUCGUCACUUGAUCUAUGACUACGACGUGCCUGGAGCACAGACGGACAGCGGCAAGGACGAGAAAUGGCGGUACGAGAUGUGGUUCCACAGCGAAGACCGCAUCGUUUACGCCAUUCACGGCGGGCCUAUGGCCGGUCGCUACAACUACCAGACGGCUUACUACCAGUGUGUACGUCCGGGCGAGAUCUGGCAGUGCAAUUGGCUCGAGGAGACCGGCACCAUCUGCUCGCUCGUCUAUGAUAUUCCGAAUCGCAAAGUGACGACACUCUUAGGGUUCUCCAAAGGCCACUGGACGCAGGCUGAAGCUGCGCACGGGGAUAAACGGAACAAGGAGGACUUUGAGCGGUGGCGGCAACUGGCCAAGGUCGGCAUUCAGACAGAAAGACACAUGUUGGCGGAGCAAGCCAGCAUCGUCGAGGACUUCCAUGGCGCUGGCGAGUUGAAGGAUAUCGAUGUAUCGUGGCCGACCAUUUAGGCAGGCGGGGACGACUGCAUGUACCAAAGCGCCCAACUAUCUCCAUCGCG